CGCGCCCCCCACCGGCGUAAAGAGGGGGGGCCUCGUGUGAGGCGGAGAGAAACGGGCUUGUUUGGAGAGCGCGCGCGCGCCCCUUCAUUGCGGUUGGUCAACGUGGGCGCGCGCACUCGGGGCCGCGCGCUGUGACGUUUUGUGUGUGUGUGUUUGCUUUUCCCCCCACCCCCUCCCCCAGGCUGGGAUUAACAUGGCGGCGGCGGCGGGGAACCGGAGCGGGCCAGCGGCGCAGUGUCACCGGGCAGGACCAGGACCAGGACCGGGACCGGGACCCGGAGCUGUGGGGCUGGAGCAGCAAGAGGAGGAGAGGCGGCGGAGGCGGAGACAACAACAACAGCAGCAGCAGCAGGGCCCAGCUCUGGGCCUGGCCGCGCCCUGCGCCGUGAAACAGGAGCUGGAAGAGGAGCAGCAACAACAGCACCGACAGGAGGAGGAGGUGGUGAAGGUGGAAAUCCAGCAGCAGCAUCAGCAGGAGGAGGAGGAGCAGCAGCAGCAGCCGUCGGAGGAUGGGGCCCGGCCCGGGCAGCCACCGGACUGCCCCCUUUACUCGGCCACACAGGCCCAGGCUCAGGCCCAGAGCAGGAACGGGGCCUCGGGCAGAGAGCGGCAGCAGUUCUCCGAGAACCGGAGGAUCCUGAUUGUAGACGAGCAGCAGCAGCGGGUAGAGGAGGCCGUGCUGUGCCAGGAGGUGGAUUGGGACCGUACCGACAGGCAGGCUGGCGGGCUGGUGUGGCUGCGCUCGGAGGGCUGGAGCCAGGAUAUGGACGAGCCGGGAAAAGUGCUGGUGUCGGUGGCCGGCCUGCGGGGCCAAGAGCAGCUUCCGCCGAAAGUGCUCCAGGGCCUGGCCCGUGACCGGCCUGGGGCUUCCCCGGCACAACGCAGGCGCAAGUCGGAAUAUCCCCGCCGACGGAGCUGCAUCUCGUUCACCUUUGGCGGCGCGGAGGGCGAGGAGCCGAUGGAGAUCCGGAUUGUCCACUCAUCCCAGGAACCUGUUAGUGAACCUUUAGCACCACCUCUAAGAGAUCUGCAGCGGUUCGGUGCUGCCCACAGAGAAAACGGCGAGGGGCCGGCGAGCCGGCUGGACCUGCGCACGUGCGGCGAGGCCCUGGGGGAGCUGGUGGGCUGGACACACAGCCACUGCCAGGGCUGCCACCACCCGCCCAGCCUGAGGUACCUGCCGCCCAGCGGCACCGCCGCCGUGGCGGUCUGGGCGUGCCAGGCCGGCCACACCUACCGCUGGCAAGCAGCGGGCCGCGACCCGAGGAGGAGAGGGCGGCGCCGGCCCGUGCAGACGGGCAGAUCGUCGGCAGGGGCACCGGAGCCCCGGGAGGUGGAGCGCGGCCCCGGCUCGGAGCAGGAGACGGAACGCGGCCUGAGCUCCGAGGACGAGGAGGAGGAGGAGGAAGAGGAGGAGGAAGAAGACGAGAGCGACGGAGGUUGCGUGUCCAACUCCGUCACCUCCCUGCGCAUCGUGGAGUGUGAACUGGAGGAGCAGGGGCCGGGAGGCAGGGGCCCCCAGCCCGGCUGGAAGGUGGUCCCCUGCAAGGACGAGCGCUCAGAAGAAGAGGAGCCCGAGGAAGGAAUCGACCCAAUAGAGCCCUUGCCGGAGCUCCCGGUGCUGAAGACAGCCCCCGUGGUUCUGAUGAAGACCAAACCGGGCCGAGGGCGAUGGAGAGCCAAGAACGCGUGCGAGGAGCCGGAGCCCGACCCCACCCCAGAGCCCCAGUGGGAACCCCACUACUGGGAGAAGGCCUCACCCUCUGCCUACCCUGCCCCAGAAAUUCAUACGCACGUGGUUAACAGCCGGGAGCUGGCCAGAGAGCGGCCGGCCGACACGGAACCUGACAUGGAGACCGAAACGAUGCAGCUCAUUUGUGAGUCGGUGCCAGAUCCUGACCAGAAGGACGAGAGUAUCUCGCUGGCUGGGUUAGCUGCUGCCGCUGGUCUCCCCGAUUCCAUCAGAGAGCCGGAACUGGAACACAGUGAGGAAGAGGAGCCAGAGUUGGUGGAGACGGACGAUGACGUUCCAUUCCACGAUGAUCCCAAAGAUGAAAUGUACGAACCGUCACCGCACAGAGAACGUGGGAAACCGAAGAGGAAACCACGGAAGGAGAAAGUGAAACUGGAGACGGUCGAGCAGGUGGAGCCUCCUAAAAGGAGGCCACGGAGAUCCAAAGAAGACAGAGGCCCUCGCCAACCCAAAAAGCGGAAGAAGCCUCCUAUCCAGUACGUGCGCUGUGAGAUGGAAGGCUGUGGAACUAUCCUCGCCAAUCCAAGGUAUCUGCAGCACCACAUGAGGUAUCAGCACAUGCUAAAGAAGAAGUACGUCUGUCCACACCCUUCCUGCGGGCGCCUCUUCCGACUUCAGAAACAGCUGCUACGGCACACAAAGCACCACUCAGAUCAGAGGGAUUAUAUCUGUGAGUACUGCGCCCGUGCCUUUAAGAGUUCUCACAAUUUGGCCGUUCACAGGAUGAUCCACACUGGAGAGAAGCCACUACAGUGUGAGAUCUGUGGCUUUACCUGCCGACAGAAGGCCUCGCUGAACUGGCACAUGAAGAAGCACGAUGCUGACGCUAACUACCAGUUCUCCUGCAACAUGUGCGGGAAGAAGUUUGAGAAGAAGGACAGCGUGGUGGCCCACAAGAGCAAGAGCCACCCGGAGCUGGUCAUUGCUGAGGCGCUGGCGGAGAGUGCGGAGGUUGUGCAGUCCUAGACCCUCCCAGUGCAUCCUGAUAUAGACUCAUGCCAUUCGCAACCUCUCCACCCCUUCCCCACAAUGUCGGAGCGAAGAGGAGGACGAAGUGCGGGUGGUGGAGCGGGAGAGAGAGACAAAGAGAGAGCGAGACAAAGUGCCACCCUCCUCAUUUCAACUGAACUGGUGUACACAUUGGGAGAGGGACAUCUUCAGUCAAACCCAGACACCCUCCCCCUCUCCUGCCCCAACUGUCACUCGCAUUGCACCCCCACGCACC